AUGAGCAUAGGGAGCGACAUGUUCGUUCGCACAAAACCAUUUGCCUGUGCCGUGUGCAAGAGGCGAUUUGGCCGACGGGAUGUCUACCAGCGACACUUGCGAUCUCAGCAUCCAGAUCAAGCUUCCAUUGUGCCAAGUGAGAGGAGACAAGGUGCCUGUGACAGCUGUCAUCGCCGCAAAGUGAAAUGCACCUUGGCUGAGCAUCCUUGUGAGCGAUGCCAUCGAGAAGGUGUGGAAUGCACAUUUCAACGCACUUUGAGUGACUCGACUGCUCGUGCUCUAUUCCAAACAAACCACCCUCAGACCUCAAUCCCUGAGACCAACUCCUGUGAAAGCUUCUUGGAUCCUCAAUCACCUCCCAACGCUCAGGAUUGGCAUGACACCAUCAGCAGUAAUUCCCAUGAUGUGAUGCCAUUAUCUCCAGGCUUGAGUCUGCCCUUCCAAGAUACUAUCCGCUCAAAUGAGCUUGCUCUAGGAAUCCUGGACUUGGAAUUCACCCAACUUGACUUCAAUAUUCUCGAUCAAAUGCCAUCUUUCCCUUCGCUGGAUCUUCUACCUGCCCCCGUUGUGCCUGAAACGCGGCCGGACUCGCACUCUGCCAGAAUCACAGGUGCAUUUGCGCAGCUCAAAGCCUAUUCAUUGCCAACAGACCUUUCGCAGCCUGCUUCCCCUGGGGCCAAGCAAGACCAUGAGAACUGGCUGUAUCGCCUGGGCAAAAAGCUCGAGACUCAAUAUGACCCGCUGGUUGUCAAUGUUUUUCUCAACCUCUUUCGACUUCAUGUGGCCAAAACCUUCCAAUGUUUCGAGAAGUUCACCACCACUGAUUCGACUCCCGUCGAAUUAUGGGCGUCGAUGGCAUCCGUGGGAGCAUUGUAUUGUACCACGCCAGGGUCUAUAGUACUGGCCAAGUCACUUUAUAAUCAUGCACGCAUUAUUCUCUUGUCAAAGGUAUGA